ACCUUUCUUUAAUGGCGGUUAACAUUUGAUGGGGACUGUUUUGACAUUCAAUCUUUUCGCAAGCUUAUUUCGUUUUGUACCGGCCCGUUUCGACGGCGUAUGACCGCACCAAACCCGUAGCUAGCGCACUGGGCUCACAACUCGGCAAACAUGGACGACGCGAACGCGAUGCCAUCGCUACAAACGGUCGUUCAGGCGUUGCACGCGUUGUACAAAAAUCCUGACACCUCGGGUAAAGAGAAGGCAUCGGUAUGGCUCGGAGAACUGCAAAAAUCGGUUUGUGCGUGGAAGAUCGCCGAUGAGCUCCUGCAGCAGAACCUGGACUUGGAGUCCUGCUACUUUGCCGCACAGACGAUGCGUACCAAGAUCCAGUACGUGUUCCACGAGCUGCCCGUGGAGUCGCACGCUUCCCUGCGGGACUCCCUCAUGGGCCAUCUGAGCAGGGUCAACGAACAGACUGCCCCUGUCAUUGUCACCCAGCUUUCCCUGGCAAUGGCUGACCUUGCCCUUCAAAUGGCCACCUGGAAAUCUCCAAUUGUAGACUUAAUUACGAGUUUUGGCAACAGCUUACCACACGUCGGAGUCUUGUUGGAAGUGCUCACAGUCCUCCCCGAAGAGGUGAACAGCCGAUCACUGAGGCUGGGCGCCAAUCGUAGGAACGAGGUGAUUGAGAUCUUCACUCAGGUGUCACCCCAGGUGGUCCAAUUGCUGGAUGCCUGCCUGCAGUCGGGCACGGACAACGACGGCAAGCGGAGGGCACGGGUGUUCCGCUGCCUGGGCAGCUGGUUCUCGGUGGGGGCCCUGCAGCUGGACGACCCCAACCUCCACAAGCUGCUGGGUGCCGUCUUCGAGGCCUUGACAAAUACGUCGUCUUCAUCUUCGGUGCACGAGGCUGCAUCUGACUGCAUCUGCAAUGCCCUCUUACUUAUAGGGGAGACGUCCAAGCCUGCCCCGCUGGCUCAAGUCCUGGUGCUGGGGGUCUACUCCCUCGAGAAUGCGUACCACAUGUCGGUGGCCCAGGAAGAUCAGGACAGGUCUGUCAACUACUGUAGGAUUUUCACUGAGCUUGCCGAGUCACUCCUCGAAGAGAUAAUUCGUCACCCAGGCCAGGGUCUUGGAGACUUCCGAACUCUCGACCUGCUGCUGACCUGCGUCGGCCAUUACGACUACGAGGUGGCCGAGAUCACAUUCAACCUAUGGUACCGCAUGUCGGAGGUGCUCUACAAGGAGAACAAUGAGGCGCUGAAUGGACUGUUCGAACGUUACAUCCAGCUCCUCAUCGUUGCUCUCUGUCGUCACUGCCAGCUGGAUCCCGACAAGGAAGGAGUUCCGAGCGACCAGGACGACUUUGGAGACUUCAGGAAUCGCGUCUCGGACCUCAUCAAGGAUGUUGUCUUCCUCGUUGGCUCCUCCAACUGCUUCAGGCAGAUGUUUUCAAACCUGAAAGGUCCGUCGUGCACAUGGGAGGUGACGGAGGCGACGCUGUUUGCGAUGGCCGCCAUUGCCAAGAACAUCCUGCCUGUCUGGUGCAGGGAAGAGAACGCCAUGGUCCCCGAGGUGGUGGAGGCCAUCCUCAAGCUCCCACCAGAGUCCCACCUGGCCGUCAGGCACACCAGUAUCCAGCUGCUCGGGGAGCUGUGCGAGUGGAUCGAGAAGCACCCCAGUUACUUGAACCUGGUGCUGAGCUUCCUGCUCCAGGCGCUCCAGGAGCGGCGCCUGGCGAGCGUGGCGGCUUCGUCGCUUCUCCACAUCUGCUCCACCUGCCGGUCGCAGAUGGUGGACCACUUCGGGGCGCUGCUCCAGGUGGUGGCGGCCACCGACUCGCUCUGCGUUUCCACCGAGGCCGCCGUGGGACUGCUCAAAGGCACGGUGCUGGUUCUGACUCAAAUGAGUCCUGACAAAAUCACCGGUGGUCUGCGGGAGCUCUGCCGCAUCCAGCUGGAUCCCUUGACGCAGCUAAUGAAUGCCGAAGAAACAGGCACCGAGGGCAUCCGCUCGGAGCCGACCGUCUGGUUGGACAGGCUUGCCGCCAUCUUUAGGCACACGAACGUGACGGUGGCCGCGGGCCAGCCCCACCCGUGCCAGCCCGUGGUGGAGGAGGUGUGGCCGGUGCUGUCAAGGGCCUGCCACCGCUACCAGGGGGACACGAGGGUCAUGGAGCGCUGCUGCCGCUGCAUACGCUUCGCCGUGCGCUGCGUGGGGAGGCAGUCUCACGCCCUGCUUCAGCCGCUGGUCACGCAGAUGGUGCAGCUGUACCAGGUGCAUCAGCACUCGUGCUUCCUGUACCUGGGCAGCAUACUGGUGGACGAGUACGGCUCGGAGCAGGGCUGCGUGCAGGGACUCCUCGAGAUGCUUCAGGCGUUUUGUGGACCCACUUUUAGGCUGCUGGGAGGAGCAGACGCCCUGCGGCAACAUCCUGACACCGUUGACGACCUCUUUCGCCUCUGCACCAGGUUUCUCCAGAGGGCACCACUAGUGUUCCUGAAGAGCACCGUGCUAACGGGUGUGCUGCAGUGCUCCCUGGCGGCAUGCACGCUCGACCACAAGGAGGCCAACGCUUCGGUCAUGAAGUUCCUCUUCGACCUGGUUCACAGCGGACGCUCUAAGCAGGAUGCGAGCGACUUUGCAGAGCGCCGGAGCAUAGUGGGCACAUUGCUGGCGUCCCAGGGUCAGGCCCUGGUCACGACCUUGAUACAGUCGGCCAUCUUCUGCCUGCCGACCUCGCUGCUCCCAGAUGUGGCCGAAACCCUGUAUGAGAUGCUCCAGUUUGACAGACAGGCUCUUGGCACGUGGCUGGAGAAUGCCCUCAAGCUCCUGCCCACGCAGAGCAGCGGCGGAGCGGUCACGGCUACUCCCGCUCAGCUCUCAGAAUUCUUGGCGACGGUCACUGGUGCUCAGCAUGGCAAGAGCGUCUCGACGUCUCUACGAGAGUUCUCGCGUCUCUAUCGAUGAGUUUGAGAACAUCGUCCCCCUUCCCCUUCUUUUUUAAAGAAAGUUGUCUCUUUUUUUUUUUUUUCUUCACUGGUUACGGUUUAAAUUUGCAUCAAAGGAUCAUCUGCAAUGGCCGACGGCGACAUCCCGCCACGGAAGCGCCAAGACCAUCUUCUUUAUUUCUGUGUGAAUAUUUUUCGUGCGUGUCUUCGGAAUGUGCUCCUAACGUCCCGGUAGGAAGACUUUGCACCUCCUGCAAGGUAACGGACGAACCGAGGACGAAGAGACGCCGGAGUUUUCUUUUCAGUUGCGUGGAUCUCGAUCAUGGGUGUGUUUUUAAACCUUGCUUAGCAUUGCGGUCGAUCGACAUUUCCCCACAGGGUGUUUCCGAGCACUAUUUGGGCGUAAACAUUCUUUUUUUUUUUUACAAAUAAACCAACCAACAGAGUGCAUUAAAACUUUUCACAACGGUGUCUUUAGGGUAAUAGAUUUGUGGUACUCAAUUUUCACGAGUGUAGGUUUCAGGAAAACAAUUUCGGCCUCAAAAACCUAGUUUAUUGUUUCCUACGCUCAAGGUCGAAAACGGCAAAAACCAUCCGCUUCACGCCGCUACUUGCCGACGGUACCACACACGCUGAGAUCUUCUGGACCCGCUUUUGGGUGUUCAUCUCGUCUUUUCCAAACCUGCACUCAUAAAACUGUAAUAUGAUAAAUGCUCCACCUAAAGACAUCUUCGUGAGAAGUUUAAUUACACUCAGUUCAUCGGUUUAUUAAUUCAAAUCUUUUUACGGGCAAGUUGUGCUCAGAAGCACCCUGAAGAUGAGGAAGUCGUGGAGUCAUUCUUCUUGCGUCGCCUGACGGAGGCCGUCGCAGGACGAAGAUCGGAAACGUGUGCUGCUUCGGCGCUCGGCUGCGACUUGUGCUUAGUCUGCAAGAACACUCGUCCCCACUUGAACGCCGACGCGGCACUUGUCUCCAAUUUGUGCCCCGCGCUGGCCUCCAUAGACGAUGCAGGAAGGAAGCCACCACAGCCUAUCAUUUAACAGGGGUUUCAAUCGGCUUCACCGACGAAUGGCGUUGGGCAAGCGGGGAAGGGGACUGUUUCACGUUGCAGUGAGGCCAUGUCACAAACCCUGGAAGUGACUGGUCAGGCUUUGAACUUAAAGACUUAAAGAGGCCCUCCUACCAAAGAAAAUGUUUGACCAGUUGAACUUUGGGAUAAGGCUCAAACCCUGCAGAGCGAUUUCCAGCCAUAAUCGGAGGAUAGGUCGUUCUGAAACGGUUAGCAUCUUGUGUGCACGGAUGUCGGGCAGGAAUUCAAGCAUUGACUAUCUCCACAGGCUGUUGGCUGGGAACAUUGUUUCAGGGGUGUUGGAAUGUAAUGUCUUUGUGCUACACUCAUCUUCGAAGGUGAACGGCAAAUCUAAUUUGUUGCUCUACUGUUUUCGCUUCGGUCCUCUCCUUGUAGAACGUUGGCUAUGAAUUCUUGGGCGAAGAGUGAAAUAGCCCUGGCAUACCAUUGCCAUAGGUGCUCUUUGAUGGAGGGGGGUUAGCAUUUAUGAAUUUCACAACUAGCAAUUCCUCACUAAUAAUGACGAAGGGAAAAAAAAAAAAGUGUAGGGAGGGUGCCAUGGUGGCCAACACAUUUUUCUUCAUCUCCUGUUAGUUGCCUAGUUUAGAUGCUCGCAUUUUCCAGAGGUGGCCAGGGUUGGCUCGUUGCUUGCAGUGAUGAAUUGGAGGGCUGUCUGCUUGACCGGCACGACCAGUCUUCUCCUUAGGAGUCGAGGCAUAACAUUAUUGGGUUCAUUGUACUGACUUUGUUUAACGGCCUUCGUAGCUACCUGCCUGAAACUAUGAGGUCAAAGGUCAGAGGGAAUGCUGUCAUGCACAAAAUUGCCAUCUUGGGGACCAUGAGGUGAUGGUGCAUGCUUCCACUGCAGUGUUGCGAACUGCCGACAUUGAACUGUCGUAUCAUUGAUAGUCCACUUUUAAACCACAAGCGAGUGCUCCGAGAGUCGGCAACAUUGGUGGCGCCAUCUGUGGAGCAGGAAGCAAGUCUGUCUGCCUCGUUCUUGCAGACGGUCCUCCAGCCACAUCCUGUUGUACGACCGGUGCGUGUCGGCGUGUUGAACUGACGAAACGAGGAAAGGUGAAGGUGUUGAAGAAGUGCUAAACAUGCGACUGUGAUUGACCAGCAAAUAAGGAAAUAGGAUGGGCCUUUCUUGCCAUUUUUUUAUACUGGUUAGGCACUAGGCAGGCAGCAGGAAGGAUCGGUAGGGGUUAGAUUUCUGGAUGAACUGAAUCCUGGUGUUUUUGUUUCUUUUGAGUGGACAAAAGCAGGUGAAACAAUUAUUGUUGAACACGACGAACGACACAGUCACCAUAUAAGUCCCAGAAAUCUUUUCUCUAAGCAUUAGUGCAGGCAAACAACCAUAGGACAUGAGUCGGAGAUUCGCACCCCAAAUGUUUGUCGUGUUUUUUUAUUUUGUGUCGGGACUACUGGUUAGUUGUUGGCAGUUACCAGUUAAUUGCUCUGUAUUCUAACACUGAUGGCUGUUUAUCUUUUUGUAAUUGUGAGAAAGUAUUUGCCCACCCUGGAGCGUAUUUUUCUAUAAUGCUAGGGUCUCUGCUGUGCCGGCCUGCUUGAUUGGAUUGCUCGGCAAGGUAUUGUCAUAUUAGUUGAUCUGUAGAGGGGUGGGAUAUUCUGUAUGCUUGGUGUUGUCAUUAAGGGUCGAGGGAACACUCCAGUUUGAUCGUAGUGUUAAAUUAAUAUCUUUUUUUAUACUAUAUAGAACAUAAUAGAUCCUGCAGUCAGAUGCUCUGCGAGUUUAAAUCCCCUUGCAACAUUUAAGCAAAGGUGCAGGCUCUUUUCUAUUGUUAAAAGGUACGAAUGUUGAUACUGUAAAAUAUUCUGGGACAUGUUUAUGUAUCAUAUUCUGGCAGAAAUCCUUGUCUGUACCGUGAAACAUUUUUUUUUUUUUUUUAGAUAUUUUUUGUGAAGUUUUUGGUUUUCAUGAAGAAAAAAAAGGUGUACAUAACAA